AACUCUGAAUUUUACCUUAGCUGAUUUACGAUUUCCUCGAGAAAAAAGUGAGUGUUAUCUGUUUUAAAUUUUUUCACGUUCGUAUUUCGGUUCAAGAUUAAAUUUGCAACUGUGUCGAUGAUUUUCGAAUAAAACAAUGAUCCAAAUUAAGGUGAAAUCGAAUUCGUUAUCGGUCUGUUAUUCGAACACUACGAACGUAAGUACGAUCUGAUGCUGCCGGAAUGUGGUUGAUUCGUCGUCGUCGUCGUUGUUGUUGUGAUGAAGUAAUCCACUUUGUUUUUGUUAUUUUGUCAUCUUUGUCGCCGUCAUCGUCGUCCACCAUCAUCACCAUCGACCGUAUAUUGUGAUCAAUCUGUGAAUAUGCAUUACGAACUCGUACGAGUAAAACUCUAGUACUAUCUGCGUUGACAUUACUAAAAUAACCGUUAGAAAAGACGUACACCAACUCACCACUAAUACGACUCGUACAUUUACCCUUGCAUCAUCCGAAUGCAUAUGUUUGCGUUGUACUCGAACGAUACCAGUAUUUCAUCAUGUCUGAACUUAUAACCAAUGCUAAUUUACAACCGGUGCAAGAUGAAACCGUCGUACCCAACGGUCAAGAAGUCAUCACGAUGGCCGACAGCGAAGUCAAACUCAAACGUACGUUCUCGUUGAAGAAAUGUUGCACCAACGGUGGCAGUCGAGUGAGUAAACGUAAAUCGAAAUACAUCGAUUCGUCGACUAUACCGGAACGUGUUCAAAUCAAUCAAACCAAAUCGACGACCAAGAAGCUAAACAUCCUGAAUUCCAACUCGAUUAACAAGUUGAUCACAAAGGUCGUUCAUAAAAUGACUCAUUUCAACCUGAAUAGUAAAAAUUCGUUGUAUAAUUCGUACGAUUGUUCGGAUUCGAAACAGAACAACAUGCUGUCGUUGUCUUCGUCCGAUAUUUACAACGACGAUGUUCGUGUACCGCCUAUUAGACCUACUUUCAUUAAAGGCGACCGAGUACCCGGAGUUAUUGGACUGAGGAAUCACGGAAACACGUGUUUUAUAAACGCUAUUCUACAGUGUUUAAGUCAUACGGAUAUUUUAGCCGAGUAUUUUGUAUUGGAUCAGUACAAGGUGGAUUUAUGUCGCCGGAAUAAACUUAACUCGAAGAAAUACGGUACCAAAGGAGAAGUAACCGAGCAGCUGGCCGUCUUAUUGAAGUCCAUAUGGUCUUGUCAGUACAAUCCCGAGAUAUCGAAUCAAUUUAAGGUAGUCGUCGAUAAAUACGGCAGUCAAUAUAGAGGUAAUAAUCAACACGAUGCUCAAGAAUUCUUACUCUGGUUACUGGAUAAAGUGCACGAAGAUUUGAACACAGCUACGAAGAAGAAAUAUAAAACUAUCAAAAACUCAUUCGGUAGACCGGACGUCGUAGCUGCUGAAACGUUAGCCAAUCAUGUACGUUGUAAUAAUAGCUUUGUUCAUGCGGUAUUUCAAGCGCAGUUUUGCUCAUCGGUAACAUGUCCGAGAUGUGAUCGCCAAAGUAACACGUUUGAUCCGUUUUUAUGCGUUUCCGUUCCAGUACCGCAGAAUCAUAUCGGUAUUUACGUUACCGUUUUGUAUACCUCGCAGCAACCGAGACAGGUGAAGCUCGGUUUAAUGCUACCUAUAAACGAUGAAAUCAAAGAUUUAAGGAAAUUACUAUCUUCCUACACCGGUAUCUGCGAACGUAGCAUGCUCGUUACCGAAAUAACCAGUCAGGGCUUUCAUAGAACGUUUUCCGAUAACACACCUGUGAAUACUAUCAGAGAAACGGACUCCAUAUAUUGUCUGGAAUUACCCAACACCAGAGACCCUCCUGAUGAAUCUGAAGCUUACUUGUUGUUGUGUUGGGUGAAUUUACUAGUAGUCGAGGGUAAUAGCACGAGGUUCGGAAGUCCAUUCACGAUGCCAAUCAGCAGAGAAACAUCGUACGUGGACCUGCAAAAAUUAUUACUAAAAGAGAUGGCGUGGAUGUUACACGAUGACGUACUAACGACUGAUCAGGAGAUACCUCUUUUCCGCAUCCGAGUAGCGGAUACGGCAGAUGCCCCGGAAUUAUCCUUCUUGGAUCCAACUGUCGACCACCCUUUGUUCACCGAACCGGUGGAAAACGCUUUAGCCAUCGGACUCUUCACGAAUACCGGACCAGCUCACUUGAAGUUGGUCUUGGUAUGGGAUUUACAAGCCAAAGAAAGCACUAUUGCCGACGAUAGCGAUCAGAUUGAAGAACAUUCCAGCGUAAAACAGCUAAAAUUGACCACCGAACAAGGAAUGACCGUAACGUUGGAAGAAUGUUUCAAAUUGUAUACCAAAGCUGAAGUAUUGGCUGCCGAAGACGCUUGGCAUUGCCCGAAUUGUAAUCUUAAGCAAGAAGUCAUCAAGCAGCUCGGUUUAUGGACUCUGCCCGAUAUACUGGUCGUUCACAUGAAACGUUUCAAGCAGAACUCCGCCAGAAACUCGUCGAAUUCGCCUCGAAUGCCUGUGAAAUUAUCAACGGUGGUGGAUUUCCCUCUGUACGGAUUCGAUAUGACUCCGCAUUUGGCGCCCGGUUACCGAGGUUCGUCUCCGCCUUCGUUGUGGUCACCGUGGAAGCGUCCGUCGGCUUGUAAACAAUCUCUGAAACGAGAAAGUAACGCUUACGACUUGUACGCGGUGUGUAAUCAUCACGGGCAAGAUUUACAGAGUGGUCAUUAUACCGCCUAUUGUCGUAAUCCGUACGAUGGCCAGUGGUAUUGUUUCGACGAUGCUAGAGUCACACCGGUGGCCGAGAACGCCUUGAUUACUCCGGCGGCGUAUAUAUUGUUUUAUCAGCGAAGAGGACUAACUUCUUCGUCGUCUAGUUCGAGCACAGCGUCUAGUACCGAGCAUUGGGCAUCUCGACUGUCCAUAGUCAAGCAUGCGAGGUCGUCGGAGGAAAUUACCACUACUAAUAAAAGAUUGAAAAACGAAUUUCCUAAUCGAUCGGAACGCGCUUAUUCGACGCUGCAACCAAACCAAAGAAUUGUUAAUGACGAGACGUCACCUACUACCCCGCAAAGUCCUUCGAAUACCGAUUCUCCAACAACCAAUGAAUCUGCUUAAACUUGAAGAGGUUGGUUUUAUUAUUCCAUGAUCGAGUUUUCGAAUAGGUAUUUCAGCUUCUCAUCAGUCGUUGAAAAUACCAUUCGUUCGAAUAAUCGCGAACGUAGAACGUGAAAUUAUCAUAAAAAUAUGAAAAAUUCAUCAGUAUUUUUGAGGUACCCUACUCUACCUACCUACCGUUGUCACGUUCUAUAUGCCUCAAAAAUACGAACAUCAAUCACCUCGCGAGUAAGUUGAAAAUUUUCGAAAAGCAUCAAGACAAGCCGAAGCAGAUAUCAAAAUAAGAAAUCAAAUCAGUAUAAUGUAUUAUAAUUUUACCGUCUCGAAGUCGUGUUUUUUUUUCUUCUUAUUUUGUUUUUUUUUUCUAAUAAUUGUAUUGUAAUGAUAAUGUGUAUAGAGUUAAAUUUUAUGUCGAUAUUAUAUAUAUAUUUUUUUCAUAUAUAUAUAAUGUAAGUACAUGUGCACUACUGCGAUAAAUAUAAAUAUUUUGUUUUUAUUUUUGUAACUUGAAAAAGAAAAAAAAAAAAAAGAAAAAAAGUCGUUAUGUUGUAUUGAUGAGAAAAAAAACUACACGCGAACGUCAUUAAUUUUUCAUGUAUUCUUUGUUAUACAAUUUGAUCGUUGAUAUUCAUCUGUUUUGCCUUAUAUUCGUUUAAUUAUGUUUUAAAAUUUAUCUCUCGAACUGAAACCGAAUAAAUUUUAUUCACUAUU